AUGGGCAAAUUGAUGGCGGGCAUUCUGGACCUGCGGGCCGAGUACGGUCCCAACUUUGUCGGUGUCUUCAACCCUCUCAUCAACAACAUCAAGACUAUGAAGGUUGGACGAUCAACUCACCAUUGUCCUAUCUGCGCGUUCAAGGGCACGCGCGACGGAUGGCCCGAGGAGCGAAUCCAGGGGUUCCAGAACAAAUACAAAGAGACAGAAGUCGAUAAAAAAGUCAUCGAGGAUGAAGAAGAAGUGGUACAAGAGGAAGAGACGGAUACCUUCGUCCCGCCUUUCACCGGCAUCGUCCCAGAUCCCGAAUACGCCAACCCUCAAGGUCUCACACCAACUUUACCCGCUCAGCAGUGGCGCGAUCACCACGAGGUGAUUCAACCCGCUUCGAAGGGCAAGCCCAGCCAGCACCUCGGCAAGAAGGCGAAGGAGCACAAGCAGUCGCGCGCAGCUCUGAAUCGGGCUAUGAAGCACAAGGCCGGGUUAGAGUUGGAGGCUGAGCGACAGGCUUAG